AUGUCCGCUCCGGCUGCUGAAUCGCUAUCCCUCACCGGUGUCGGUCCGCGCCAGAUGCGUCCGUCGCGAGGCCAUGCUUCCAUGCCACCAGAACGUUUACCUGUCGAAAUAUGGCAUCUGAUCAUCAUGUGCCUAGACGAUCACUGUUUCGCCUGGUUUGUCUUGCGACAGACAUGUCCAUUUCUCAACCUUGUUACCGAGCAGGUCUUUGCGCGAUACGUUUCGCGUACUUGCACCGUACGAUUUGCCGGCCAGACACUAGGAAACUUGCUUGCACAUGAUCUACAAGGUGAUACCGGUGACCGUAGACAAGUCCCUGCAUCGCGACAGGCACUGGUGCGACAACAUGCCUCGCCGGCCUCAUACUGGGCCUCAGUCAGUCGCGCCCAGCCUCCAUCGUUUCGCUUCCAGCCCUCGUCUUUUGUCCCCGCCACCACAAAGGCCAAGCUUCUCCUCAAACUAUGUGAUGCGCCAAAUGCUCACGAGACACUACCCGCGUCCCAGCCAAAUGCAGGGACCAUCGACACUACCACGACCCUCGUCCAUGUCUUCUUCCAGCCCGGUGCCAAAGCAGAUGCCGAACGCUCGCGCCUACUCCAUCAAGCCCAUUUUGUUCUUUUUCAUGGCCAACUAAAGAGUAUGCGCCUCCCUUCAGCCACCUUCAACGUUGCUGAUCGCCACCUCCAACUCGAUUGGCGCCGUCUCUGCAAUACCUUUAUGCGCGACGAGUUCAAGUGUCGUUACGAGUCUCAAUAUUCCGUCGCGUGGUGGAGAAACUUCGAUUGACCCAAUCGCGACUAGAUGGCAUGCAUAAUUUCCCCUCUGAGUAGCCCAGCACAAGCAAUUCAUCGUCUUUGCACCUCGAAUUCGUUCCUGAUGGCCUGCCAAGCGGCAGAUCAAUUUUGCGUCAGCGCCGAAUCCGAAUAGAUCGCCCUUGGCACUAGGGACUACCCUCACCAGUGCUCACCACGAACACCCUCCGAAAAUCCGGAGGUGUCGGCUGUGGCCUCUUCAUCUCCGCCUGGGCACUUUGCUGGACGGUCGGAUCAUCAUCAUGCUUAAUUCUCCAUAUUCCAGUUUACAACUGUUUGAGUUACACGGAGAGUGCCCAGCUUUUCCAAGUACCGCAUCGAGUGCGUGAUUUAGCGCCCACCUUGGCCUCUGCCAAUCGCGCAUCCUUCCGAGUCAUUAAUAUCUCACCGGGUUGGAUUUGUAUUGAAUAUCACACAAGUUAUUGCAA